UUCCGGUAACGCGCAUUGGUUGCUUCAAAGGAUGAUGAACACUACGGGAGGCCAGGGCCCAUCUGGUCCAACGGUUUCCGGACCUCCUGUCAUGUCCCAGGUCGACCGAGUCCCAUCUGUCCUGUCCCAGAUUGACCGUGAGAAAAUCUACCAGUGGAUUGUCGAACUAACUGGUCCUGAUACCAGGGAAAAUGCUCUUCAGGAACUCAGCAAAAAAAGGGAAGUUGUCCCUGACCUAGCUCCCAUGUUGUGGCAUUCAUUUGGCACAGUGGCUGCCCUCCUCCAGGAAAUUGUUAACAUCUACCCGGCUAUUAAUCCACCUCACCUUACGGCACACCAGUCUAACCGAGUGUGUAAUGCAUUAGCUUUACUACAGUGUGUGGCUUCCCACCCCGAGACACGUUCUGCCUUCCUUCAGGCACACAUUCCACUGUUCCUGUACCCAUUUUUACAUACGGUCAGUAAGACACGGCCAUUUGAGUACCUACGUCUAACUAGUCUUGGUGUAAUAGGAGCACUUGUCAAGACUGACGAACAGGAAGUAAUCAAUUUCCUCCUAACAACGGAAAUCAUCCCACUGUGUCUGCGGAUCAUGGAGUCUGGCAGUGAGUUGUCUAAGACGGUAGCAACAUUUAUCCUUCAGAAGAUUCUGUUGGAUGAAAUGGGACUAUCCUACAUUUGUCAGACCUAUGAACGCUUCUCUCAUGUGGCUAUGAUACUGGGUAAGAUGGUGCUACAUCUAUCCAAAGAGCCUUCGGCCCGACUGCUGAAGCAUGUAGUACGUUGCUACCUUCGUCUCUCAGACAAUCCAAGAGCUAAAGAAGCCCUGCGGCAGUGUCUUCCAGACCAGCUCAAAGAUGCCACAUUUUCUCCAUGUCUCAAAGAUGAUAACUCCACUAAACGCUGGCUUCAGCAGCUACAACAGAACCUUGAAACAGCAGUGACUGUCCCGGACCCUCGUAGCAUGCCCCUUCAUCCUCAGUGACAACUGUCCUUGAACGCUGGUAUAUGUCUUUCCAUUUAGUAACAACCCAGGGCAUGUACCAACCCCCUUGAUAGGAUGCAUUCCGAAGUAAAAACUAUUCUUGACCCCUGGAGCAAGCCACUUCAUUUGUAUGUUUCCCUUAUCCCCAGGACAUACCCCUCCCUGUGCUCUGUACAGGUAUAUCAUGUGGUGCUCUGUACAAUUAUAUCCUGUGUUUUGAACCCCAAGUAUGAAUCUCCCCAAAGUAACAGGUACCCCUAACUUCUGGUGUAUACAUUUAAUGCAUCUACAGAAAAUGCACCUGAACUUGCAACUGUACAGAGCUUAGAAUAUACCAGGUAAAUUGUUGACAUUGACCAUGUAAAUGUUUAUCAAGUGUCUCGCAAACUCCAGUACUUUGAUGUAGUGUAGAUAUACACAAAGUCACACUGAGGAAUAUUGCCAAAAUGUUUCAAACCAAUCCCAUACAUGUUUUAAUCUGUUUACAUGAUAUAUAGAUUGGUUCAUUGUUAAGGUGUUGUUGAUGUUGUUACUUAUUAAUGUAUCAGAACCUCUUGGUAGAGGUUCGGCGUAGACUCCGUGGCCUUGGUGUAUUAUGUGUGAAUGUGACGCUAGUCCUGUGUAUCUAACAUGCGAAGGGCAUGUCACUAGAACUAGUCUUUGGAAUGGAAUAUGUGUGGCAGGAAAGAAAUGUGACUUUACAUGUGAUAUGUGAGAAAGGUGGCAGUCUGGGUCAUCUGAAAAGGGUGGCAGUAAUGUGAGAAAGUUGGCUGUAAUAUUUGAGAAAUGAAGCUGAAAUAUAUAUAUGCGAGAAGAGGGUCUAUUGUAUUUUGAAAUGAAAGGACCUUUCUUACCUAUUACCUGUAACGUGAAAGUUUAACGGUUUGUUGUAUGUGUAUAUUCACUACCUUGCCAAAUUCAGAUGGCAGUUAUAUUGUGAAUGGCAUAUAGCCUGAUUGUUAGCAUCACCAUUAUCAUAUUAUGACAUUUUAUUAACGACAUUUCCUACUGAAUUAUGGCAGUUCUGUGUAUCAAACAAACAUAAAUUAUACAUAUAUACUGAUGAUAACUUGAAUUAUAAUUUUGGUAUUAUCCGGUAAGUUUAAUUUUCCAAUUUGGAUUACCAUAUUUUAACCAUGGUAAUAUAUGUGGUAAUGUUUACAGUUGGUACAUCUACUUGUACAUGAUAAAUACAGGGAUACUAUCACACAAGAAUCAUGCUGUAUGAAUUUCUCGUCUUUAGUAGUGGAUAAUGAAUAUGAUUUUAGAACCUCAGUGCUGAAUGAUUUUAACUUAUGGCUAUAUAUGUGGAUUGAGCGUGGAUGCUGUGUGUUCAUUGUUUGUAUUGAGCUAGGACGGAGUGUGUGCCACUAUCUGUGAAUUGAGCGAGGAUGUUGUGGGUGUUUGUAUUGUGUAAAAUUCAGACACAAUAUCUGAUGGAUGUACAAUUAUUUUGUGCAGACAUAUUUUUUGUAAUAAAUAGUACUUUUGAAAUAAAAAUUGUGUUCAUAUACAGUGUCA